GGGAAACUGAAUUGGUAAACAUGCCGUUUUCGGUUUUACCCCCUCCCUCCCUCCACCGAGCGAUCCAGCCCCUCGAUCCCUGGAUCUUCUUCCUCCUCGGCCGAGCGCCGCUACCCAUCCCGCUGCCGAGCGCCCAUCGUCUUCCUCCUCGCGCGAGCGCCUCCACCGCAGUGCAGGGGAUUAGGGAUGUACAAGAUGCUGGUUCCUAGCUGGAGCGCCAUUUCGGCGUACAUGUCAGAGUAUUGGUCUGCCAUAGCUGCUACUGUCAUUUUUGCAUCUGUAGGGGGCGUGACAAUUUAUUAUACCAUCAAUCAGUUGAACAAAAACAUCAGCUUGAGCUUGAUGAAAGCUAUCAGAGCUAGGGCUAAGAAGUACAAGAAACUGAAAGACAAGGUCCCUGCUGCUUCUCACAUUUGGAGAAAAGAACUGGGCUCUCGCAGUAAAGGUCUAAAAUGCUGUGUAUGCUUGAAGUCUGUUUCAGCUCCACAGUAUUUGGGGGGAACCAUCCAUCACUGCGAUAUUUGUGGGGCCACUGCACAUCCUAGUUGCUCUGGAAAUGCACACAAAGAUUGCAAAUGUGUUUCUAUGGUUGGCCUUGACCAUGUUAUUCACCAAUGGGCUGUACAGUGGAUUGACACCACAGAUCGCUCUGAAGAAGACUCAUUCUGUUGCUACUGUGAUGAAUCUUGCAGUGGAGCUUUCCUCGCAGGUUCUCCAAUUUGGUACUGUAUGUGGUGUCAGCGGCUAGUGCACGUUGAUUGCCACAACAACUUAGCUAAGGAAACUGGUGAUAUCUGUGACUUGGGCCCAUUGAAACGGCUGAUAUUAUCGCCUCUGUGUGUCAAGCAGCUUCAUUCGACAGUUGCGGCAGGAAUUUUCAGUUCUAUCACAAGUGGGGCUAAUGAAUUGGCUUCCACUGUCCGGGAGACAAUUAGGAUUCGUAGUAAAAGGUACAAAAAGGGCACCACUUCUUCCGAACCAGAGAGCUCUGGGACUGCUGAGCAACCAUCUGAUACUGAAGGGGAAUCACAAGGGGAAACCGCCCCCACUAAGAGGGAGGAUCAUGUCAACGGUAAACUUCCUGAAGUACAUUCAAGCUCUGAUUCAGAAAAAGAUAAACAGCUCAUAAUGGACAAUGCAGCUAGCAGGCCAAGUAGCCAACCUGAGGAUUCUGUUGUCCAGAAUAAUCAAAAACAUGAAAUUGUGGACGUACCUUCUGACUCCAGGCCAUUGCUAGUUUUCAUUAACAAGAAAAGUGGUGCCCAGAGUGGUGAUUCACUGAGACAGCGCCUGCAGAUCCUUCUUAAUCCUCUACAGGUGUUCGAGUUGAGCAAGCAUCAAGGACCAGAAGUUGGUUUAGCUUUAUUUCAGAAGGUACCCCACUUCAAAAUUCUUGUUUGUGGUGGUGAUGGCACUGUUGGUUGGGUUUUAGAUGCGAUUGAGAAGCAAAAGUUUGAAGCGCCGCCUCCUGUAGCCAUCCUUCCAGCUGGUACUGGUAAUGAUCUUGCAAGGGUUCUGUGUUGGGGCGGUGGUCUUGGUGUUGUUGAGAAACGAGGAGGUCUAUUCUCAGUUCUGAAAGAUGUCGAGCAUGCUGCAGUUACUGUUCUUGACAGAUGGAAGAUCACUUUAAAGGACAACCAAGGAAAACUCAUGUCUUCACCAAAAUUUAUGAACAACUACUUCGGGGUUGGCUGUGAUGCAAAGGUUGCUCUAGAUAUCCACAACCUGAGGGAGGAGAACCCUGAACGAUUUUAUAGCCAGUUUAUGAAUAAGGUGCUUUAUGCAAAAGAGGGAGCAAAGAAUAUCAUGGAUAACAUGUUCUAUUAUUUUCCAUGGGAAGUCAAGCUUGAGAUAGAUGGAUCCAACAUUGAAAUUCCUCAGGACACUGAAGGUAUUCUUGUUACCAACAUCCCGAGCUAUAUGGGAGGGGUCGACCUGUGGAAGAACGAGGAUAGUAUCUCUGACACUUUCCAACCUCAAUCCAUGCAUGACAAGAUGCUGGAAGUAGUCAGCUUCACAGGAAUGCUGCAUCUUGGAAGGCUACAGGUAGGGCUUUCUCGCGCACAAAGGUUGGCUCAAGGGUAUCAUAUAAAGAUUGAGAUCACUACAACAAUGCCCAUCCAAGUCGAUGGAGAGCCAUGGUCCCAGGAGCCAUGCACCAUAGAAGUUUCUCAUCAUGCACAGGCCUUCAUGCUGAAGAGAGUUUCUGAAGAACCUAUCAGCCACGCUGCGUCCAUAAUGGCUGACAUUCUGGAGAACGCAGAGAACAGCGGUACCAUCUCAGCCUCGCAGAAGAGCGCUCUCCUCCAGGAGAUAGCGUCUAGGCUUUUGUAGGACACUCCGUGCAACACGAUCGUGUGUAGCUCCGUAGUUCACCCUAUAGCUUUUAACCAAUGCUUGGUCCCAUUUGUUGUACAUACAAAUAUACACUCAUGGCUUCCUUCCUUGGAUUGAGCUUGUGUAUAAUUCUGUAAAAUUUUGUAGGGCUUGAGAUGAGUGUAUGUAGUUGCUUGGGUUGAGCACCAGGAGAAAAACCAUGUCCUGUGCUUAGUUCUUGCUUUCAGGGUGAUCCUGGGAAGUGUGUUCUAAUCAGUCGUCUGUCUGGCUUGUAACGGUGCUGAUUUGGUGUGCUGUGUUGCAAUACUAAUGUGAGCCGCGGUUCUUACGCGAGUUUUCCAGUA